CAGUUGUUUUUGUUGUCGAAACGAGUGCUUGCAAACUGAGAUUGUUUUCCUAACUUUUGAAUAAAAAUCACAUAAUUUGAAUCAAUUUUAUUUUAUAAUGACUGAAGUACAGCUGCAAGAAUUUAAGUUAGAACCUGAUUCUGAACUACGGUUCGAAGUAGAGUCUAAAAACGAAAAAGUAGUCUUAGAAGUACGGUUUAAGGCUUUUUUACUAAUUUGUUGUCUAAAUAUAUUUUCCUGAAGCUCAUAUUAUUUCUUUCUUUCUUAUAUGCAGGUUAAAAGUGGGUAUGCAGAAUUAUUUGGCACUGAACUUGUGAAAGGGAAGCCAUACGAGUUCCAUACUGGCUCAAAAGUUGCUGUGUUCACGUGGCACGGUUGUACUGUGGAGCUGAGGGGACGCACAGAAGUCAGUUAUGUAGCUAAGGAAACACCUAUGGUUGUUUAUUUAAAUGUACAUGCAGCAUUGGAGCAACAGAGAGUAGCUGCAGAACAAGAGGGCACUCGCGGUCCAGUAACAAUGGUUGUAGGCCCUGGGGAUGUGGGGAAAUCUACAUUGACACGGUUACUACUUAAUUAUGCAGUUAGAAUGGGUAGGAGGCCGAUAUUUGUGGAUCUGGAUGUUGGGCAAGGAAACAUCAGUAUUCCUGGAACUAUAGGUGCCACACUUGUGGAGAGGCCAGCUUCAAUAGAAGAGGGUUUCAGUCAGCAGGCACCACUGGUAUAUCACUUUGGACACAAUUCUCCUGGGGAGAACUUGGAGUUGUACAACACCAUUGUGACCAGGCUGGCAGAAGUAGUCACAGAGAGGUGUGAGAAUAACAAGAAAGCAUCAACAUCAGGAGUGAUAAUCAAUACGUGUGGGUGGAUCAAGGGUGCCGGCUACAAAGUUUUAACACAUGCAGCUCAAGCAUUUGAGGUGGAUGUGAUAUUAGUUUUAGAUAACGAAAGACUGUUUAUAGAACUGAAAAGGGACAUGCCGAAGUUUGUUAAAGUUGUGUACCUGCCUAAAAGUGGAGGGGUUGUGGAGCGAUCGUCAGCGCAACGCUCAGAAGCACGAGACGCGCGCAUCCGUGAAUAUUUCUAUGGUAAACGGACGCCAUACUACCCGCACUCGUUUGACGUCAAGUUUUCAGACUUGAAAAUUUAUAAGGUGGGGGCGCCGUCGCUGCCGGACUCGUGCAUGCCGCUGGGGAUGCGUGCGGAGGACGCGCUCACGCGGGUGGUGCCGGCGUGGCCGUCGCCCGCGUUGGCACAUCGAGUUCUAGCGGUCUCGUUCGCGGCCGCCGCCGACGAAGACCUCCUUCACACUAACCUCGCGGGAUUUGUAUGCGUUACAGCGGUGGACAUGGAGCGGCAGACACUCACUAUACUCUCCCCGCAGCCGAGGCCCCUACCCAACACAAUCCUGCUGCUAUCCGAACUGCAAUAUAUGGAUAACCACUAGCAUAGAUCAUAUUGUACAUACUUUUAUUUAUAUCUCAUAAUAAAUAAAUCAUAUUUUAUAUU